AUAUAAAUGCGAUGGCGUUGCUGUAGGCUGCAGGGUUUUACGAAAGACGGUGGCGUGGCUCCUCUCAAUUGUCAAACUCCUAUUUGAUCCAUCUGAUCUUCUCACAGUCGGUGAUGCCAACCCAAAUCGCAUGAAGUGAUGUUAGAAGUUAGAUGAUAGCGUAUAGCACAGUGUAAGCAGGAUAAAAAUCUGUGAAGACAAUACAGAGUGACACAGAGUGACAGAGCCAGGAGUCAGGAUGGCUCCUGUGGCAGAAACAGCUGUUCUAUGCUGAGGAGCUUCAUAAAGCGAGUAAAUAAUAAAUUAGACACAAAGCAACGAAAACCGAUGUUUUGUAUUAAAAAAUUGGAAUUUUUUACAUAAGAUGCUAAAGGUGUCAUUUUAAUCACUGUAGAAGUAUCGACAAGAAUUAUAUGCAGCGAUAAGUGAUUACUAUUAUAAACAUGGAUGUGGUGACUACUAGCUUAGAAGCUCUCAUACAGAGGGCUACAAAUUCACAAAAUCAGAAGCCAGACAUAGCAGCGAUUGAAGCAUUCUGCGUGAUGCUUACCAAAGAAUCGGAAGGUAUACAAAUAGGCACAAAGUUAUUGGCAACACAUAUCCAAUCACUUAACGAGUCAGAAGCACUCCAAGCACUUUCAUUACUAGAUACUUGUAUGAAAAGAUGCGGCCCGUUAUUUCAUGCCGAAAUCGGAAAAUUCCGCUUUCUCAAUGAGAUGAUAAAACUCGUCUCGCCGAAAUAUUUAGGCACUCGCACAACAGCAAGCGUACGGCAAAAAGUAUUGCAAUUACUUUACACAUGGAUUAGAGAAUAUCCUCGCGAGUCGAAAAUUAAGGAGGCCUAUGAGAUGCUUAAGAAACAAGGAGUCAUUGAGGAAGAUGCAGCAUUUAUAAUGGCUAACAGUGAGGAAAGUCAAAAAUCAUCUAAGAUAAAGAACAAUAUAUUUGAAAAUGAAGAGAUGUCAAGGCAUUUGCGCAAGUUACUUCAUAGCAAGGAUCCUUAUGAUCUGCAAACUGCAAACCGAUUAAUCAAGGUUAUGGUGAAAGAGGAUGAGGAAAGACUGCAAUUAAACUCGCGAAGGAAUAUGGAAUUAGAAUCAGUGCACAACAAUGUGAAACUCUUAUCAGAAAUGCUGGAUUCAUACAAUCAGAACGAAACCAGCACAGAGGAUCUUGAAUUGAUGAAGGAGUUACAUCAAGCGUGCGAGCGGUUGAAACCUAUUUUGUUGCGGCUCGCUAGCGAGACUCAGGGUGAUGUUGAAAUGCUUGCUGAUGUGCUAACUGCGAGCGAUGAGUUGAAUCAAGUUUUCGAGAAAUAUACAUCCGUUAUUGUUCUCGGGCAAUCUCCCAAAUCUUACGCGACAGAAUCUUCUAAACCAAGCUUUAAUAAUGGAUCAUCUCUCCUGGACUUAUCGUCUCCCACUGAGAGUGUUCCCUGCGAGAGCACGACACAGAGCACGACACAGAGCACGACACAGAGCACAACGUCGACAAAUCAUCGCUCGGAUAUGGACAUGUUGGGAGAUAUCUUCAGUGUGUUAGAGAAACCAGUCAAAUCGGACACAAAUUUCUUGAUGCCGAAUGCCAUCAUGCAACCAAUCAGUAUUUCACCUAUGAACAAGAAAAAUGAAGUUACCAACACUGGCGAGGAAAAGAUAGAUAGUAAAGCGAAAGCAUUGGAAGAGUUAAAUGAAUUGGGAGAAACUUUACUUAAGCAAAGCUUGUCGGGUACGAUUGCUCGUUCGUCACAAGGCAAAGUCAAUAGUAAUAUUAUAAAAACUCAAAGUACCAGUGAUUCUGUUCGGAAACAAAAUUGGUCUCAUGAAUCUAGCAAUAAUAUAUCGCAACACAUCACGACAGAACAACCAGAUACAAAUAAAUGCGAGUCAAAUAGUAAUUUUGACAUUUCGACAUCUUCAAAUUCGUCAAAAAUUAACGUGACCGCUGAUCUGUCGUGCAACAAAAGUAUUAAUUCCGAAAAUGCAGAAACGGAAAUACAGCAGCAAGCAGAAGUGACGCAAUUGCUUAACGGCGCGUCAACGAUAGCAGAUGCUGAGCCUGGAAUCAAACCAUUGACUGAUAUCACUGUCAAUCUUGAAGAUAUUCAAUCAUAUUUUACAGGUAUAAAUCCGCCUCUAACAGUAAUCGAGGAAAGAAAUGGUAUAAGUGUGGUGCUCCACUUUACUCAGGACAGUCCUAGACCAGAUGUAUCUGUAGUAGUAAUUACUACGAUGAGCAAAAACGCAAAACCACUUAAUAAUUAUUUAUUUCAAGCAGUUGUGCCCAAGAAAUGCAAGUGCAGGCUGCAACCACCUUCCGGAACAAAUUUGCCAGCACAUAAUCCAUUCCUUCCACCAUCCGCAAUCACACAAAUUAUGCUGAUUGCAAAUCCUUUCAAGGAGCCCAUAUAUCUAAAGUUUAUGUUAAGUUACACGAUGGACGAUGAAACAUUUACAGAAAUGGGUGAAGUAGACAGAUUGCCUCAUCUAUGAUCCAGUGCAUCUAUGAUAUGACUUUGAUGCAAUGUUGCACUCGUCGUGUUCUCGGUAAGCCGAGAAUAAUAUAAGAAAUAUUCCAAUUACCGCGAUCCAAUUAUUCAAGAAUAUGUGCAGUCGAAUUGUUAGACAUUCUUUACAUUUUAAUCUUAGAAUGCGGAAUUGAAACCACCAUAUUCUUAACUCAUUAGAGACAAACGACCAUUUUGUUUUUAAAUCUGAACCUUAUUCUAAUGGCACAUUGCAUAAAAUAAAAAUAUUGUUUUGAUCAUAAGCACAACAUUUUCAUUCUACACAUUUCUCGUUAAAUAGCAAAUAUGAAAUAGCUUGGGAAUUAAAAAAGCUGAAUUGAUUGAGAAUGAAAGUGUUACAAAUAUAGAAAUUUGAUCGUAACAAUCUGAAUAGAUUCAUUUGAAGAUGAUCUCAUAAUUCUACAUGGCCACUAUUUCAAAUAGAAAUAAAGAAGAAAAAAGUAAAAGGCCAAAAGUGUAGUAAAUCUUACACAAAAAGAGCUAUAUUUAUAGGGAACAGUUUCUCAUGAUAUGUCAAAACUAUUAUAGAUGAAAACAAUGAAAUAAGACCAGAUUGUAAGUGGGAUCAUAUAAGUUGCAAAUAAUGGUGUUAUUUGGAUAAUUUAUUACAGUUUUUAUUGAAAGAUAUAAUAAUGAUUUAAUCGAUUUCUGUUAUUUUAAGGUCAUUGAGAUCGAGCCUUUCCUCUAUUUUAAGAUUUCUAAAUAGUCCCUCUUCUUAUUAUAAUGGCAUUUAUUAUAAUAUUAGAAUAAAAAUGCCGUUACGUGUUUCACUCAUUUUAAUAUGUGAGCACUUCACAAAUAUGAAUAGUGGCAGAGCAGAGUGUAUGAAGAGAACCCCAAUAUAAGAAAAGUUUAAAGAGAGACAGCUGACUUAGAAUAAAGGAAAACCUAGAAUAGAGGAAAUCGAUUAUAUAACAAUGAUCAUAUUUCUUGGCGACUCGGAUUUAAGAAAAGCUAUCUUAUUGCAUGAAUGUUGUAAAAAAACUGUUUAAUAAAAUGCAAUCAGGAGUAGGGGAGAUGGAGUAUUUGUGAUGUUCAUUAUACUGCAAAAUAAUAUAUAAAAUAUUUUCUCUCUUUCUCUCACAUACAUCUCACGUACAUAAGAUCAUUUUACAUAUUCUAUUCAUAUAUAGUCUAUAAUAGAGUAUAAAUAUGACAAAGCGAAACAUCGAACACGAAUUAUGCAUUCUAAGAUUAAAUUAAUGAAAUAAAUAUUCAAUUAAAAA